AUGGCGGACGACAUGGCCACCAAAGGCAGCGCGCAGCACGCUGGCUCGGCGAGCGCAGCCAACAUUCUCACCGACAGCAACCAGGACGCCAUCAACACAAAUAGCAAUGCCGCGCAGGCGGCCGCGAGCAGAGGGGUUCGGAAGCUGGUGCUGUGCUUCGACGGCACUGGCAAUAAAUUCCACGGCGACGACAGUGACAGCAACAUCCUCAAGAUCUUCCGCAUGCUGGAUCGCACGGCUGACGACCAGUAUCACUACUAUCAACCUGGGAUCGGGACAUACGUCGUGUCAGGCUCGCUGUCACAUACGUCCGUUCGCGCACGAUUCAACAGCUGGUACACAAAGGCCAAGGACUCGGCUGUUGGCUCCUCAUUCGAUCAGCAUGUUGUCGGCGGCUACCGCUUCCUGAUGCGCUUUUAUAAUCCUGGCGACGAGAUCUAUCUCUUUGGAUUCUCGCGCGGUUCCUACAUUGCUCGCUUCCUAGCCGAGAUGCUUGACUACAUCGGCCUCCUCUCCCACGGUAAUGAGGAAAUGGUCAAGUUCGCGUGGAAAGCUUUCGCCCAGUGGCAGUGCCGGCAGCAGAGCGUCGGCUCCGCCGAGGAGAUCAGAAAGGCCGACGAGGAGAAGAGGAAGAUGUACAGGUUCAUGAAGGGGUUCCGCGAGACCUUCUCGCGCCCCGUCGGGCGGAUCAAGUUCCUGGGCUUGUUCGACACCGUCAACUCCGUGCCGCGGUUUGAGACGGCCUGGAUGCAGAGGAGCAAGUUUCCCUACACGGCCAAGAGCAGCGCCAGGGUGAUCCGCCACGCCGUCAGCAUCGACGAGCGCCGCGCCAAGUUUCGACAGGACCUCAUGUACCAGGGGAACCGCAAGGUGAGGGACCACCACAAGCGCCACAACAUUGAGAAGUGGUUUGGCUGGGAACAUUGGAACAUGCAGAUGAACAUCAUUCCCCAGAUGGACAAGACAGGCCACAUGGAAAGGAAGCCUACGGGUGCGGGCGAGGAUACGCAAGAACCGGAGUCCCAGAAUCAGAACCUGGCACCAGAGGACCGCGGCAGGACGAAGGACAAGUACCUAUCACCCAACGGCCUCCAGGCGUCUUCGCAGUCGAGGCCUCGAGAGGAGAAGCCAGCUCAGCAGGGAGUAGAGGACGAUUUUGCCCCGUACCGUGCCAGGUCGUCGUCUAGAAGACCUCAGUCCGCGCGGUCGGGUGCUCCAUCGGAAAUGUCCCACUCGAACCCUCCCCCGUCAGAGAUACAGCCCGUCGACGACUGCGGCCAGGAUAUUGACGAGGUGUGGUUUUCCGGCGGCCACGCUGACGUCGGUGGAGGUUGGGAGAUGCUGGAAGAUAGCAAGAGCGCCAGCCACGUGCCGCUCACGUGGAUGGUCCGCGAGGCCAUGAGGGCUGGGCUGCCCUUUGACCCAGACAAGGUCGCCGAGCUGGGCUGCGCGUGCUCCAAUGAGUGGUCUGCGGACAGUCCAGCCAAGAAGCCCGCUGCGUUGCGGAAGAAGAAGAAGGGGAAGAACCGACAGGCCGCUGCUGGAGAUAUACCGGCCAUCCGGAUGGAAAAUGGAGGCACGCCCACGUUCCCCGAGUCGCCCAGCGAGUACCGCCACCCGUGGCCUCGGGAGCCGCGUCCUGCGACAUGUUCCUCGACGGCGUCCUCUGCGUCGUCCUGCUCCACCGACGAGGACGAGCGCCACUUUCACGGCCUGAUGAGUCGUGCACACACCGCCCGAAUCCACGACUCCCUCGCGUACCACGGCGGCCUGAACCAUCUCUCCGUGACUGGGUGGAAGCUGAUGGAGUACCUCCCCUUUCGGAGGAUGGACCUCAAGAGUGAUGGCACUUGGGAGCCGAUCCGCUGGCCGCUGCCCAGAGGCGAGGUCCGGGACAUCCCAGAUAAUGUCCGCGUGCACCGCAGUGUCAUUCGCCGCAUGAAGGAGGACGAGACGUAUCGCCCGGGGAACUUGAUUAUCGGUGGCGGUGGUCGUGGCGUUCGACAUGCGCCCAAGGAGCAUGGCAUAGGGGAAUGGGUUUGCGUUGCCGACGAAGGGGAUCCAGUCGGUGAGAUCUGGAUGAAAAAGGACAAGUGCGAGUAA